ACUUUCUCUCCUAUACCUUAUGAUACAGACACAGGUACACGACACGAACGUUUACGAGACCCACGGCCGUCGAUUACCCACAGCAAAAAGACCUUCCGCACGACUGCAGCUACAGCAUGAGAUGAGGCAUGAACGGAUACCAUCAGCCGCACGACCAACAUGGCGCAUACGACGACGAUGACGGUGAUCGCGACUCGGACCUGGACCUGGACCUGGAUCUGAAUGAGCUCGAUCCACAACCACGACCUUCGACAGACGGCACGAAAACGGGCUCCCGACAGCCCAGUACGGUGCGCUCCAGCUAUGACUUUGGCGCACGAAUCCCUCUACGAAACUUGAGAUUUGGAGGGAGAAGGAGAGCAAGGCGGAACGAAGAGGAUGCAGAGGACUUGGAGGCUCUAGUGGGCGACGACGAGGAUGAUGAGCCGCAAUCCAAGCCGCCGAGUGCAGCCAGCUCCGGAGUCUCUGCCUACGACGAUGCGCCGUUGCUCUCUCGGGAGAAUGGAGGAGGAGGCCUGCGGAAGUUCUCACGCGCUGCUGGUCUGGAUGGCCUGGGCGACAAUCGUAAGAGGCGGAAAGGCAUAUGGCGAUACAUCCCUUUCCUGACUCCAUCCUCCUCCAUGCAGCUGCCUGCGACAGGUGAGGAUGAGGAGAAGGCUGAGGAUGACCACGAUCCAGCAGCCACCAGAGAUGUCACGGUGGGCCAGAAGCAGACGGCACGCUUUCCCACCAAUGCCAUUUCGAACGCCAAAUACACACCGUGGUCAUUCCUACCCAGGACCCUUUUCAAUGAGUUCAAGUUCUUCUUCAACAUGUACUUUCUCCUGGUCGCCAUGUCUCAAAUCAUUCCUGCCCUCAGAAUUGGCUAUCUCUCCACCUACGUUGCGCCUUUGGCCUUUGUGCUGAUGAUCACGCUCGGAAAGGAGGCCACGGACGACCUGAAUAGGAGGAAGCGAGACAGAGAAGCCAACAGUGAGCCCUACAAAGUCCUUCGCUUCGAUACACCAGGCUCCUUGGGCGGAAGUGCUGGACGAAACAAGCGGAAGAUCAAGAGCAUAUCGGAAAAGAAAAAGGGCAAGCGGAGAAGAGUAUCUCACGAAGAUGUGCGCUUGCAGGCAGCAGAGGAUGAGGAGCACAGUACACAAGACGUUGACGCACCAUCCUCAGAAGUCGUCGAAAUCAUCAAGCCAUCUGCACAACUCAAAGUCGGCGAUGUGGUCGUACUGGAAAAGGACCAGAGGGUGCCUGCAGAUGUGGUCAUCCUGAAGAGCUUCUCAACCGACACUGUUGCUCUGGCAAAUGAACCACAGCGGCACUCUUCUGAUUCAGCACUGCGUGACAUGGGAGAUGGCGCGACAGUAGCGAGCUCACUUCUGCAAAGUGAGACUGCUAAUAGGCAGGACUUGAGCAAUGAAACAACGUCAUCAGAUCCGAGUGGAGGUGGUGAGGCUUUCAUACGUACUGAUCAGCUUGAUGGAGAGACAGACUGGAAAUUACGACUAGCUACGCCGCUUGCACAAACGCUGCCCUCGAGCGAGUAUAUUCGUCUGCGAGUGACGGCAGGGAAACCGGAUAAAAAAGUCAACGACUUCGUUGGGACCAUUGCACUAGAAGCGAAGCAGCACCGAGCAUACGAUCCACCUCUAGACGGAGAAGAGGCUGCGAUCAAAUCAACAGCACUCAACAUUGAUAACACGGCUUGGGCUAACACCGUCCUUGCGUCCUCAACGACGGUGCACGCGGUCGUAGUGUACACCGGCGCUCAGACCCGCGCGGCACUGUCCACUUCAGCGUCAAGAUCAAAGACCGGUCUUCUCGAACUGGAAAUCAACAGCUUAGUCAAAAUUUUGUGCAUCCUGACAGCUGCGCUGAGUAUCAUUCUGGUGGCCAUACAUGGUGUCGAGGAACACGACGGCAACAAAUGGUACAUUGACGCCAUGCGAUUCCUCAUUCUCUUCAGCACUAUAGUACCAAUAUCUCUUCGUGUCAACCUGGACAUGGGAAAGAGUGUAUACGCCUGGUUCAUCCACCACGACGCAGGCAUACCCGGCACGGUGGUGCGAACGAGUACCAUCCCAGAAGACCUCGGCCGUAUCGAGUACUUGCUGAGCGAUAAGACGGGUACUCUCACCAGAAACGAGAUGGAGCUUCGCAAAGUGCACGUCGGCACUGUCAGCUAUGGUGGAGAGGCCAUGGAAGAAGUCAUCAGCUACGUCAGGCAAGCCUUCACGUUUUCAGAGGAUGCACAACCUGGCACUUUGUUCAGUCCUUCAGCAGCGAUCAGCUCUUUGAGUGGCGCGACGAGGACACGUAAGGAGAUCGGGCUGCGCGUGCGCGAUCUUGUGCUGGCUUUGGCGCUAUGUCACAAUGUGACACCUACCACCGAAGAGGACGAAAGUGGUCAAUCCAAGGUGUCCUAUCAAGCUUCGUCUCCGGAUGAGAUUGCCAUUGUGGAGUGGACCCAGAGCGUUGGCCUGCGCCUACAACAUCGCGAUCGGAAGCGGAUCACGUUGCAAUACACCGGUGAUGACCGAAUCAUUGUCCGAGUGGAAGUGCUCAAUGUGUUCCCUUUCACUAGCGACAGCAAGCGCAUGGGCAUCAUUGUUCGCUUCAUCAGGGACACCUCACGCAGCCACGAUGAGGAUGGCGAGAUUGUUUUCUUUCAGAAGGGCGCAGACACAGUCAUGACUUCGAUUGUCGCCGCUAAUGACUGGCUGGACGAAGAGACUGAUAACAUGGCGCGAGAGGGUCUCCGCACGUUGGUGGUGGGGCGGAAGAACCUGAGCGCGCAACAGUACUCUGCGUUCUCUUCGGCCUUUGCCGAAGCCUCACUCAGCUUGGCAGGGCGAGAUGCCGCCAUGUCGUCGGUGGUGAAGCAGCACCUCGAGCAAAACCUGGAACUUUUGGGCGUGACCGGCGUCGAAGACAAGCUCCAACCCAACGUGAAGCCCUCACUCGAGCUCCUCCGCAAUGCAGGCAUCAAGAUCUGGAUGUUGACGGGCGACAAAGUCGAGACGGCGCGCUGCGUCGCAGUCUCUUCCAAACUUGUCUCCCGUGGCCAAACGAUCCACACCAUCGCCAACCUCAAACGUCGAGACACGGCCCUGGACGCGCUCGGCAUGCUCCACAACCAGACCAAUGCCGCGCUCCUCAUCGACGGCCAAUCGCUUGCUCUCUAUCUCCGAUACCACCGUGACGCCUUCAUCAGCCUCGCCGUUCGCCUUCCCGCCGUGAUUGCCUGCCGCUGCUCUCCCACGCAAAAAGCCGACGUCGCCCACCUCAUCCGCGCGUUUACCAAGAAACGCAUCGCGUGCAUCGGUGAUGGAGGCAACGACGUCUCGAUGAUCCAAGCGGCAGACGUCGGCGUCGGAAUUGUCGGCAAAGAAGGCAGACAAGCGUCUCUGGCGGCAGACUUUAGCAUCACCCAAUUCGCCUACCUCACCAAGCUCCUCGUCUGGCACGGUCGCAACUCGUACCGCCGCAGCGCCAAACUCGCGCAGUUUGUGAUGCAUCGGGGUCUCAUCAUCAGCAUCUGCCAGACCGUCUUCAGCAUCGCGUCCCGAUUCGAGCCGAUUGCACUGUAUCGCGAUUGGCUCUUGGUCGGGUACGCUACCAUCUACACCAUGAUGCCCGUCUUUUCCCUCACGCUCGACCGCGACGUGGACGAGAAUCUGGCCAACCUAUAUCCGGAACUCUACAAAGAAGUCACGUUGGGGAAAUCGCUCUCGUACAAGACGUUUUUCAUCUGGGUGGCGAUUUCCGUGUACCAAGGACUCAUCAUCCAAGGGGGGUCGGAAGUGCUCGUUCCCUCGUUCAACCGCUCGGACAACAACAACAGCAGCAGCAGCAGCAGCACGACGAUUGCCGACUCAAGCUACGCGCCGCUCCAGACGACAGGGUUCCGCAAGAUGGUGGCACUGUCAUAUUCGGUGCUGGUCAUCAACGAACUCUGCAUGGUGGCGGCAGAGAUUACGGAAUGGCAUUACAUGAUGUGGGCCAGUAUUGUGGCAACGGCGGUGAUGUAUGUGGGGAGUGUACCCUUUCUGGGAGAGUAUUUUGACGAAGGGUUUGUGUGGAGUGGAGGGUUUGCAUGGAGAUUUGGAGCGAUUUUGGGAGCGGCGUUGGUGCCGGUGUGGGGAGGAAAGGUGGUGAGACGGUGGGUGAGGCCACCGAGUUAUCGGAAGGUGCGAGGGGUGUAAGUGGUGGAAGAGGUGUACCUACCUACCUACCUACCUACCUUACGUACCUACCUGACCUGUAGAAUGGGGAAGGCGGAGGAGAAGUAACAGGUACUCUGUCUGUAGCUAAGGUCCAGUAAGGUAGGUACAUAGUAGGUUUAUACAAGAGAAGAUACC